CAGUGUUUAAUGCAGUUUCUUGUUUUGCAAAUUCCAGUCUCUGCAAAGAAGAGAAGGACAAAUGGGAAGUCCUUCGGAUGAGAAGAAAAUGAUCAGAGAGACACUCUUGGGAACUUCAAAUCCCAGGGGUGGCUUUCAAACAUUGCCUUUCAUCAUAGCAAAUGAGGCAUUUGAGAGGAUGGCAAGUAUUGGGUUGCUCCCAAACAUGAUACUGUAUUUGACAAGAGAGUAUGGAAUGGAAACUGCAAGAGGAAUCAACAUACUAUUCAUCUGGUCAGCUGUCACCAAUUUCAUGCCACUUAUUGGGGCUUUUCUUGCAGAUUCUUAUGUGGGUCGGUUCCACAUGAUCAGCUUUGGAUCUAUUGCUAGCCUUCUGGGGAUGUUUCUAUUAUGGUUUACAACCAAUUUUCCACCAGCAAGGUUUCCUCACUGCGACGAAUUGAGUAAAAACUGCAUAUCGCCCACAACAGCACAGCUUCUGCUCUUAUAUUCAUCUUUUGGAUUCAUGUCAUUUGGUGCUGGUGGCAUUAGAUCGUCCUCAUUAGCUUUUGGUGCAGAUCAGUUGCAGUCGAGGGGAGGCAACCCAAACAGUGAAGGCAUAUUACGGAGCUAUUUUGGCUGGUACUAUGGUGCAGUCUCAAUUUCAGCUAUUAUUGCAUUAACUUGUAUUGUAUACAUUCAAGAUAGGCUGGGUUGGCAGGUGGGUUUUGGAGUUCCUUGCAUGCUGAUGUUGUUGUCAGCUGCUCUGUUCUUCCUGGCUUCUCCCUUUUAUGUCAAAUUGAAGGCUAACAAAAGCUUGCUUACCGGAUUCGCUCAAGUCAUUGUAGCCAGUUACAGAAACAGGCAUAUUGAAUUAUCAUCCCAGGCCACAAAUGAAAAUUACCACUACAAGAAAGGAGCUGAGUUUGUAAAACCAACUGAGACAUUAAGGUUUCUUAAUAGAGCCUGCAUAAUUAGGAAUCCUCAACAAGACUUGUCACCAGAUGGAAGAGCUUCAGAAGAUCCAUGGAGUAUAUGUACUAUAGAUCAAGUUGAAGAAUUGAAAUCACUAAUCAAGGUGAUUCCACUGUGGUCCUCAGGAAUCAUGUUGUGUGUGACUCUUGGUCAAAGCUCAAUUGCAGUACUUGAAGCAAGUACAAUGGAUAGACACAUUACACCAACCUUCCAAAUUCCUGCAGGCUCCUUCAGCUUCUUUAUGAUUUUCACACUAACAAUAUGGAUAACUCUCUAUGAUCGUAUCAUUAUCCCUCUAGCAUCAAAAAUUGUUGGAAAACCAACUUUUCUCAGCUCAAAACAAAGAAUGGGAACUGGGCUUAUUUUAUCCAGUGCAUCCAUAGCAUCACUGGCAAUAAUAGAGACCAUUCGACGCAAAAAAGCGAUCAAGGAAGGAUUUUCAGACAACCCACAUGGUGUUGUUAAAAUGUCAGCAAUGUGGCUACUAGCAUACCAUAUUCUAAGUGGUUUGGCAGAGGCUUUCAAUAUAGUAGGACAGAUUGAAUUCUAUUACUCCGAAUUGCCUAAAAGUAUGUCAAGUGUAGCUUCCUCACUUGCUGGAGCAGGGAUGUCAGCAGCAAGCUUGGUGUCCAGUUUUAUAUUGAAUAUUGUUGAUGAUUCUACCAAAAGAGGAGGAAAGGAGAGCUGGGUUUCCAGCAAUAUCAACAGGGGUCACUAUGACUGGUAUUUUUCUGUUCUUGUAGGGUUAAGCUUGCUUAAUUUUGUUUAUUUCCUUUCUUGUUGCAAGGCUUAUGGCCCUUUAAAGGAGAAAGGAUUAAGAUGUGCCCUUCGAUCAAGAGGCUUGCAAUGAGAGAUGAUUUUUAGUUUUUAAGUUUA